CACACACACACACACACACACACACACUGUACACCAGCCUCAAUCUCGCGCGCACACACACACACACACUCUACACCAGCCUCUGUCUCGCGCAUACACACACACACACGCACACACACCAUGAACAUACUUAUUUUAACUGCUGCUAUUUUGCACUGUAUUUGUGCAUCUCCUCUCUAUACGGAAGAAGAGGAAAAUGUCUUCAAAACCUGGAUGUCUAAGCACAAUAAACAGUACGACAUGGAUGAGUUUUACCGCCGGCUGCAGAUCUUCACUGAGAAUAAGAAGAAAAUCGACACACACAAUGCUGGAAACCACAAAUUCAGAAUGGGACUAAACCAGUUCUCAGAUAUGACUUUUGCUGAAUUCAAGAAGUUCUACCUUCUGAAAGAACCCCAGGAGUGCAGCGCUACCAAAGGGAAUCAUGUUCGAGGUGCUGGCUUGUACCCAGACUCCAUCGACUGGAGGGAGAAAGGAAACUAUGUCACCGAAGUGAAAAAUCAGGGUGCUUGUGGAAGCUGCUGGACUUUCUCAACCACAGGCUGCCUGGAGUCUGUCACAGCCAUCACCACAGGGAAACUCCCUUUACUGUCAGAGCAACAGUUGGUGGAUUGCGCCGGUGCGUUCAACAAUCAUGGCUGCAGCGGUGGACUUCCCAGUCAAGCCUUCGAGUACAUCAUGUACAAUAAAGGGCUUAUGACGGAGGAAGACUAUCCCUACAUCGGUCGUAACGGAUCUUGUAGGUUCAACCCCAAGCUGGCUUCUGCCUUCGUGAAGGAUGUGGUGAACAUCACGAAAUAUGAAGAGAUGGAGCUCGUGGACGCCGUGGCGAGGCUCAACCCGGUCAGCAUCGCUUUCGAGGUCGUGUCUGAUUUCAUGCACUACAGAGACGGAGUGUACAGCAGCACUGUGUGUAAAAACACUACAGACUCGGUGAACCAUGCCGUGCUCGCCGUGGGUUACGGUGAGGAGAGCGGCACUCCGUACUGGAUCGUGAAGAACUCCUGGGGACCCAUUUGGGGUAUUGACGGAUAUUUCUACAUCGAACGAGGAAAAAACAUGUGCGGCCUCGCUGCUUGUGCUUCAUAUCCUUUGAUUUGAAACAUUCCACAUCUUUAAGGCAGAAAAUGGAAAAUCCCACUUUUAAAUCCACACCAUGAAAAGGCCACAAUAUUCACUAUGCAUUUAAAUGAUUUCUUUUGUGUGUCAGUCAGAAAAAAAAAAAAACAGCUACAGGAUGUUUGUUUUUUUUAAAUCAUUUUACUUGUUGCUAUUAAUUACAUUCAUGAUUUUUUCUUCUAACUCUAUCUUAAUGGAUCGGUCACAAUUCUGCCAGAUGAUUUGAAUAAAAAAAAUUCUGGAAAAAAAAAAA